AUGGCGAAAGGAGACCUUCUUCUGUUCGUGCACGCGGAUACGAUUGUGCCCCCGGCCUUCGACGUGACCCUCCGCAAGGCGUUCCGGGACCCUAAGAUACUCAUGUCCACGUUCCUGUUCGGGAUCAACCGGGCUCUGCUCCGCGGGAAGGAGCCGUUCGGGAUGGCAGUCAUGGAGAGGGUAACCAACUACAGGACCCGCGUCAUUCACCUUCCGUACGGCGACCAGGCUUUCUGCUUCACAGCGCACAAAUUCGCCGAGAUGGGAGGGUUCCCGGACAUCGUGAUGAUGGAGGACUUCGAGGUGGUGAGGCGUCUGCGAAAGGAAGAGCUUGCCGGCGGAGGGCACAUCCACGUCCUGGACGAGGCGGCGCUGUGCAACCCCCGGAGAUGGGAGAAACAAGGGGUCUUUCGAAGUUCUCUCCAAAACAUUUGCUUCGCGCUCUUGUACGUCGUGGGCAACCUUAGCGCAGACCAGAUCUUCCGGCUGUACUAUGGCAGGCCGCCGCCACCCCCACCACCAUCCUCGGAGUCGAAAUAAUAGCCUAGGCAGCCUGAUUGGCACCGACAACAAUCACCCAGCGCCACAACUUUACCAGGGCCUCUCCUGCCACAUCGUGUUAUUCCAGCAGUAUGUGUUGUGAGAAUGCUGUAUCCUGCGCAGCGGAUUUCCGACGGAUUCAUUUCGAUUGGUCGGGUUCACGUUGAUUGUUGUGUUCUCGUUUGUUUCGGCGGGGAGAGUUUGCCGUGAGUGUUGGGUGUGUAGGGUGUUUGCGUAUCGUCAUGUUUUUAUUAUUUAGUUUAUGAAUUUAGUAUUAUAUUUGUCGGAACUGCCGGCGCGUGACUAUUGUCCGUUUUUUUGUUCGGAUGAUCGGUCAUUGGCCGGAUGUCGCGUAUUUCUGUGUUGUCGAGUAUUAUUGCUGUGUGAUGCAGCUCGAAGUGUAGAGGGAAGCGUAGUUUGUCGUGGGCUUUCCGCCAUUUGAGGAAAGCGCGAGGCUUCCAAAUAGUUUGGACGUUUUGUGUGAUUGGCGUCGUGUUUGUGUGCGUGUACAGUAGAUCGUCCCGUUCACGUU